AUGUCAGAGGGUCGCAAAGGAUUGUACUUUGAUUUCUUGGAUGGCUUUCAUAAAAAUAGUAGUGAGCCAUCCAAGGUACUUUUUUCACUUCACAACGAUGAGGGCUCAAACAGUGUACAUCGCGCUCAUUUCUUGGAUGAAAUGGUCAAGUUCGUGCCCAACGACAUUGCCGCAUUCUGCAAGAGGGUGGAAAUAGUGGAGGAGAGCGAUGAUCAAGGCCCAGUUACUCUUUAUUUUGCGGAUGGCAUCAAGAGUCAUGCAAUAGCUGAACUGGGCGAAGAUAUGGCCGUUAACUCUAAGAUGCACCUCGGACCCGACGGCCAUAUCUUGACCUUCCCAGUUGACAAAGGGAAGACUAUGAAUGUAGUAGCCUUUGCAACAACAACCAAAGAAUGGCCAGAUAUCCAUAAGUCUACAUGUGCAUCAACCAAGCAAGAUGCCCUCAAUGACUUUACUGGCUGGGGCGAGAACGUCACCCACAUCCUCAGCUUGCUCGACGAAGACGUCGACAUCUGGGCUAUCUUCGACAUGCUCGACCAUCCCGCUUCCACCUAUGCUAAAGGGAGGAAAGUUAUAAUUGGCGACGCAGCACACGCGACCAGUCCUCAUCAUGGCUCGGGUGCAGGUUUUGCUAUCGAAGAUUCUGCUGUGUUAGCGGGGCUGCUCGCCACGCCUGCUGCCAAAACACCUCGAGGAUUGCGUGCUGCAUUUAAAGCAUUUGAUUUAUGUCGGCGGCCUAGAACACAAUGGCUUGUGGCCAGUAGUCGGCGCACCGGGGAAUUGUACGAGCAGCAGACACAGGAUAUUGGGGCUGAUGUCGAAAAGAUUGCGGCUGAGGCGCAUGAGCGAUUUGAAAAGAUUUGGCAGGGGGGUAUUAAGCAGAUGACUACUGAAGUAAUGGACAAGUUUUAA